CCCAUCGAGCCGUUGAAGACAACAGCCACUCAUACUGAUACAGUUUGAAUUUCUUGUGGAAGGCCGUCAUUCCUGUCAAUUGAGGCUCUGGCCGUCCACCCAAGAUCUCAGAUAGGAUACUCUUCACAGUCAGAGAAGAAAGACACCAGGACGACGGAGAGGAUGUUCUUCCUUUCUUCUCCACCACCGCAACCCAGUCCGUUCCUUGCCACAACGUCUCAACAGUCCCGCCGCCCGAGUUUCUCAAAAUCUCACAAUCACGACAAUAUCCACGGGCGGGCCUACGCCAGGGCGUACUACGCUCCGCAUUCUCCCUCGCCGCUGCGGACGACGAGGAAUGCGAACUUGAUGCCUUCUCCUCCGCAGGUGAAGGGCGAUUAUAGUAAUAGCCUCCUGAGUUCGUCACCUUUGAGGGGUGGUUUUUCGGAGCCCCAAGAUGAGAACGAAAAUGAGGAGGGAAUCGAAAUCUCGAACGCCUUUGGCUUUCCCACAAACGCCCAGAAGACACCAGCAGGGAAGAUGAACCUUGGAGCACAUGGGUUGGAUGGACAGUCAUCAAUGGUCACCCCCCCUGAUUCAGGCUCGAACCACAGCUUCAACUCCAAGGCGUUAUUGCACGACCAUUCCACGUUCAAGACCUCUCCGUCAAUAUCGACGUUCGCCGAUCCCGCGAAAUCGACCAUAUCUACGACCUCAAGCCGCCAGAAUCCAUCGCAGUGGGAACUGCGCUCUCGAUCCUCGAGCCCAUCAUCUCUUCUGACCAGCCAAACUCACAGAAAUCGGGAACAGAGAAAGUCGAAAUUUCUAGAUCGCAUUCGGAGGAGAAGGGACGACGACAGGUCUGAGCAAGUUGGGGAGCAGGUGUUGAGAAUGGAUUUUGUCAAAGAGAGGAGGGGCUGGGAGAGGGAAAUGGCCCGCAGAGCUGCAAUGGAGGCUGCACAACAGGAGGACAUGGAGAGCGAUGAUGAUGACGACGAGGAGCUAAGCCCGACGCAGGAAUACGAGGAAGAUAUCGAGGUGGACGAGUUGGUCAGGGAGUACGAGCGAGAGAAGCUCCAAGCCGUGAGGGAUGAGGAAUUUGUGGUCGAAGAUGACGAGGAUGAAGAGUACGAGAGGCUGUUCAGAGAGAUGGAGAUCCUUUCGCAGCACUCACAGCCUCAGCAGCAAAGCCAGCCGGCGUCUCAACCGCAACCACAAGAGUACGAACUCGCGCACGGUCAACCGAGUCCCUACACGCGGCAGAGUGCUUGUUCGCGCGAGCCGCCUUCGCAGCAGCCCCAGUGCCAGCAUGGGGAAACAAUUAAUGAUGAAACAAUGGACUUGUCUUGAUCGCCACGAAGCGUUCGUGAGAGAUUUGUGGGACCGGAUGUUGAGGAUGAGAAUUGUGCGAGAAUGGUCCUCCUUCAAGUCAGAAGAGGGAUCUGGAACCCUAAUUUUUUACACAAGGUCGAGGAAUAUGCAGGGUGUCCAUCUGUGAAACCACCGUGAGAGCGUAUACAGCUUGGCAUGCUGGUACCGACGUACAGUAUUGGGGGCAGUGUCCUGGCGUGGUGCCGUACAGAGCGCCAGAGAUGUUUCAUGUACCACAAACACUGAUUAUGACAGCGGUCAGUGGCUGAUCUUGAUUCCAAUACACCAAGACAAUAUGGUCUUCCUGC